AAUAAAUAAAUAAAUAAUAAUAAUAAUAAUAUAUCCCUACCGACGGAUUUUGACCAGAAAGUAGCAGACAAAACUUGAACUUAAAACUUUAAACUCUUCAGUCACAAUCUCAACUUGCUUUUAUUUUGACCCACACACACCCGCCAUUGUUGAUGCUGACCCAUUAACUUCUUCAUCUUCAAAAACAACAACCUUAAAAAAAAAAAGAAUGUCUUAAUUCGAACCACAAUUCACAGUUUACACAGAAGAUGAACACCUCCCAUUUUCUUACCCCCUUCAUCUUCUUCUUCUUCUUCUUCACCACACAUUUUCACACCAACGCUGAAGCAGCUAAUUCUUCAUGCCCGAUCAACUUCGACUACGUGACAACCUUCCCAUGGGACACUUCCUUAUGCCACGCGCCGCCGCGUCCCGGCUGCUGCCAAACGCUCCGCAGCGUCUUCGGCAUGGGGUUGGCGAUCUACCUCAACAGAACCUCCAACUUCUACCUCCCCGAUUCCAACACUUCGUCUUCCUGCAUGUCGGAUUUCCAUGAGAAGCUUCUGUCAAUGUCGAUUUCCGUUCCGUUUUACCCCGCCUGCUACGACACAAACUUCUUCGUCAACAAUCCGCUCACCAGCUGCGCCGGGAUCCGUACUGUAGACGAUUGGACCAGAAUCGUCGAUCCGUACAUCCAACUCGAAUCCGUCUGCAAUGGGGAUCUCACCCGGUUGACCCAGUGCAGUAUGUGUAGGGAUGCGGGCUUGCGAAUCAACUCCUACCUCGUUUCGUUGCACCCCAACUCCACAAAAUGCUUCUUCUUCGCCGUGUUCUACGCCGCCGCCAUUGCCAACGAAUUCGGGCCGGAAGAUCGGAGAAUUUCUUCCUGCGUAUUAGCCAUUCCGAUGCUGCCUAUCUCAACCGACGACAGAAAACCAAAUCACAGAGCUCGAAAUUUGAUUGUAGGGUUAUUGGGUGGUCUCACAGGUUUAUGCACGGCAGGUGUUUGUUUUAUUGCCUACAAGAAGUACACCAAGAAGAAAAAACAAGAUUUACUCCACCAAAAAUACGUUCUUUCGGUUCAAUCGAGGGUGGUUCUGCCCAACACGGGAUCGAAAUGGUUCCAAGUAUCCGAAUUAGAGCAAGCCACAAAUGGAUUCUCCGAAAAAAACAUCAUCGGACGAGGCGGAUUCGGAGUUGUCUACAAAGGCACACUCUCCGACGGAACCGAAGUUGCUGUCAAGCAAAUUCUUGACAUGGAUUCCAAAUGCGACGACGAAUUCACAAACGAGGCGGAAAUCAUAAGCAAGAUUCGACACAGGAAUCUCCUUGCUCUGAGGGGAUUCUGCGUCACGAGCGAAAGUUUCAAGGGUAAAAGGAGAUAUUUAGUUUACGAUUACAUGCCGAACGGUAAUUUAGACGAUCACAUCUUCAAUGCAAGAGAGCAUCUGUCUUGGCCUCAACGCAAGAACAUAAUUCUUGAUAUCGCAAAAGGGCUCGGUUACCUACAUUACGGAAUCAAACCCUCGAUUUUUCACCGCGAUAUUAAGUCAACAAACAUUCUCUUGGACUCGGAAAUGAAAGCAAGGGUUGCAGAUUUCGGCUUAGCCAAACAGACCUCAGAGGGGCAAUCCCAUCUCACCACCAGAGUCGCCGGAACUUACGGUUAUCUUGCGCCGGAAUAUGCUCUCUACGGUCAGUUGACAGAGAAGAGCGAUGUGUACAGCUUCGGAAUUGUGAUACUCGAGAUCAUGAGUGGUAGAAGGGUUCUCGUCGGUUCAUCUGAGCCGUCGAAAAUUUUGAUCACGGAUUGGGCUUGGGAGCUCGUGAAAUCCGGGCGAGUCGAGGAGAUUUUUCACGGGUCGAUAAGGGAUGUUGGGCCCAAGGCGGUGAUGGAGAGGUUUGUGAGAGUUGGGAUCCUGUGCGCGCACGUUAUGGUGGGCCUUCGGCCGACGGUUGCUGAUGCGUUGAAGAUGCUUGAAGGUGAUGUUGAUAUUCCGAGAUUGCCUGAUCGGCCUUUGCCUCUCAGCCACGAGAUCUUGCAAGAGACUUCUUUUACGUACAGCACGUUUACGAGCCAAGAAUCGGGAGGUAAAUCGAGCAUUGGCAGUUCGUGAAAAAAAAAAUAGAUUCGAAAACUGUAAAUUAGAUUCGAAGUUUGUUUGCAAAUUCAAAUUCAAAUUCAUGGAUAUAUAUAUUGACUGAGUCUUGUGUUUCAAAUGUCAAUAUCCUAUAUUCCUAUUUGAUAACUUUUUUCUUUUUGUGGAUUACAAAAUUCAAAAAUGUGCUUGUUUCUUUCUCAUCCUA